AUGGUCUCUUCCGUCACUGGCGAGGGGAUUGACAAACUGAGGGACUACCUGUUGGCACGCGCAAAACCUGACCGCUCUUGGGUCCUGUCUCCGGUCCUCCUGACUGAUCAAGAGCCGACAGAGCUCGUGAAAAUGUGCGUUCGGGCCCAUUGUCUGGAAAAGUUGCCCCAGGAGGUGCCCUACGCCCUCUCAUUCGUGGUCGACGACUGCGAGCGUGCUCGUCUGCCGGAGGACGUCGAUGAUCGUAUGUACGUGCAUGCCCGCAUCCUCUGUCGCAAUGAGCGCCAGCUGGAGGACCUCUCGGACAUGUUUCAGGCACCAACGACAGUAAAACUGACCGUAGAAAUGGCUCGACCAUCGCGCGGUGUCCUGAAGCGUCUGAGGAAGACCGAUGACGCCUCCAGUGUUUUCCCUGACUUUGCCAAACCCGUGGAACCAAAUGCCUAUUCCAGUGCAACCGAAUAG